CCCGAUGCAUUGAUGAGUGUGAGCAACCCGGAAACCCGACAAGCCUAUGAAAGCCACCCUGAGGCCAUCUGUUCGGGAAAUUUGCAAACUUUGUAACUGCGAUAUGCAGUUAGGUUAAGCUAUUUGUCAGACAAAUUAUUAGGCCAUCAUCAUGUCAUCUGAGGCGGUGCUAACUGUUCGUCUAGUGAGAUCUUUUGAGCAUCGAAACUUCAAACCUGUGGUCUUCCGAAGCGUAAAUCUUGACCAAACAGUAGAGGAAUUUACUGCACUUGUUAAAACAGAUGUCUCGACAAGAGCGGGAGUGCCACCUCCCUUCAAGAAAUUCGAAUACGAUACAAUGAAAAUCAUCCACCAGGCACAUGGUGCAAAGACCAAUGAAUUGGUGAUGAGCCUGGAAGAUGACGACAAACUUCUAUUGAGAGAGGGCAUGAGCCUUAGAGCUGCAGGAGUUGCCAAUGAAACUGAACUGGCCUUCUUCCGGAACGAAGAUUAUGAAACCUACAAGGCAAAUCCUAAAGCAGUCUGGUGACACAUGGCAAAGCAUUGGAGAGUAUGAAAAUUUGUGAUGCUAGCACGGAAGAAAACGACAAUGCACAGACUUAGGUUUUCAAGGAUAGGGUGGCAAUAGAAUUUUAAUUUAACCCAUAUACUGGUUCCCUGUUCAAUACAUUUCAUUUUGAGGAGGGCUGCCAAUAUGCUUCAGUUUUAAUGAUCUGUUCCACUCCUCUUCGAGAGGAGCUGUAUUCAAAUAAAACAUGAUUUAUUUUUAUGGACUUUAUAUCAAAUAAAUGUCUUCAAGCAUUCA